AUGUCAGACAACGUGGAAGAAGAGGUCAAGCACCAGGAAAUCUCCGCAGAUGAACGUCCAGUUCCAGCUCCGGCAAGUUUCGCGGGCAGGUUGAAUCUUGCGAGCUACGCAUUUGUCCCCGAGUCCAGCACUCAAGACAAGGCAACAAGAUCGCCAGUUCGACGAAGUCCUCGCAAUACCCCCUCAGUAUCUUCGUCAUCCUCGCCAUCUCCAUCAAAAAGAUCAUUGAAGCGCGAAGCCAGCGACUCAACCCUCUUAAGACCCUCCGUCUCACCCAAGAAACGCUCCCGCUCAGCCCCCUCAGGCUAUGCACACCCUUCAACAUACUCACAUCUGGCGCCCCUCACCGAUAUCCUCGCUCCAAACUUAAUCCUAAUAUUCGUUGGACUCAACCCGGGCGUUAUGACCUCCUCAAAGGGGCACGCAUACGCACACCCCUCGAACCUCUUCUGGAAGCUCCUCCACAGCUCGGGAAUCACCUCCCGCCGUCUACUUCCUUCGGAAGAUGUAACUCUACCCGAAAAAUGGAGUUGUGGGAAUACGAAUAUUGUGUCGAGGCCGACGAGGAAUGGGUCGGAGUUGAGUAAGAGCGAGAUGGAUGAGGGGGUUAGUGUGCUGGAGGAAAAAGUCAGGAAGUCUAGGCCUGAGGCGGUGGUUGUGGUGGGGAAGAGUAUUUGGGAGAGUCUAUUUAGAGUACGUAACGGGAGAGGACUGAAGAAGGGUGAGUUUGAGUAUGGCUGGCAGGAUGGGGAGAUGAUGGGUGUCGCCGCCGAGGGGGAUGAUGUUGGCCAGGUAAAUGGAAGUGGUGAGGAGGAUGCUAAUGACGGCCCUUGGGAGGGAGCGAGAAUAUUUGUUGCCAGUAGCACGAGUGGAUUGGCUGCAACUCUAUCACCAGCUGAGAAAGAGAGAAUCUGGGGUGAAUUGGGGUCUUGGGUUCAGCAGAGGAGGGCCGAGAGGCUUGCUGCUGCCGUAGAGUGA